AUGUCCGAGACCAGCGCUCCAAAGAGCUCUUCUUCAGUCGCCUCGGGCCAGAAAGCAACAAACGUCCCGGGUGAUGCAGACAUCUCAGAUACGCAAACAGCGCACUAUUCUCCACCGUGGGCCGAUUUGAGUAUCAUUGGGAUAGCAGGAUCUUCCGGAUCCGGCAAGACGAGUCUAGCUGUCGAGAUUGUACAGUCCCUUAACUUGCCAUGGGUCAUCAUUCUGUCGAUCGACUCCUUUUAUAAGUCCUUGACCCCGGAGCAAAAUGCCGCGGCCCACCGGAACGAGUACGAUCUCGACUCUCCAAACUCGAUAGAUUUCGACCUGCUCGUCGAGAAGCUGCAAGAGCUGAAACAAGGGAAAAGAACCGAUAUUCCCAUCUAUUCGUUUCAAGAACAUCAAAGGCUAGACAAGACCAUCUCCAUUUACUCGCCGCACGUCAUCAUCCUCGAAGGUAUCCUCGCUUUGCAUGAUCCCAGAAUUCUGAAAAUGCUCGAUAUGAAGAUCUUUGUGGAGGCAGAUGCGGAUGUCUGUUUAUCGAGGAGAAUUGUUCGUGAUGUUCGCGAGCGUGGCCGAACAAUCGAGGGCACCAUUAAGCAGUGGUUUGCCUAUGUCAAGCCUGUCUUUCAGCUCUAUGUGGAACCACAGAAGCAAGCUGCCGACCUCAUUGUGCCUCGAGGAAUGCACAAUAUAAUGGCAAUCCAAAUGAUCGUCAACCAGACACGGCAGAUCCUCAAGGAAAAGUCCAUCAGGCACAAGGCAGAAUUGGAGAGGCUGGGCCAACAGCUGGAGGAUUACACUCUCUCGGAAAAUGCCAUCAUUCUUGCCGGAAAGCCCCAAAUAACCGGGGUUGCGACGAUUUUGCGAGAUCCGUCAACUGCGCAAGUCGAUUUCAUUUUCUACUUCGACCGACUGACUGCCCUAUUGGUCGAAAAGGCUCUGGACUGCCACAACCACGUCUCUACUGAUGUUAUCACUCCCCAAGGUUACAGAUACUCUGGUCUGAAAUCCGCCGGUAAAAUUUCUGCCGUCGUCAUCCUUCGGGGAGGAAGCUGCAUGGAGACAGGUUUAAAGAGGACGAUUCCCGAUUGCCUAACUGGUCGACUUCUGAUACAAUCUAAUUAUCGUACUGGAGAACCCGAGUUACAUUAUCUGAAACUUUUCCCAGACCUGGACAAGCAUGAAACGGUCAUGCUGUUGGAUCCGCAGAUGCCCAACGGCGGCGCCGCUUUGAUGGCUGUCAAGGUUCUUGUCGACCAUGGUGUCGCUGAGAGCAGAAUUGUCUUCGUCACUUGUCUCGCAGGCAAACGUGGCUUGAAGAGACUGAUGACCGUCUUUCCCAAGAUCAAGGUCGUCACUGCAGAUGUCGUGGAGGACAAUGAAAAGCGAUGGAUUGAAGAAAGAUAUCUCGGCUGCUAG